AUGGUUGCCUACUCGUAUUUGGCGGCCGCCGCCGCCCUCGUACAGGGCUCUGUCGCUGCUCAUGGACAUGGACAUGCUCGCAUGCACAUCCGCCGUGACCCCAGCACAUGCCCCAAGGGCACUACCACCAUCCAGCUUCAGCCCGUCAUUGUUGAAGUUCUCACGCCUAUUCUCAUUACUGGCCAUGCUCCUGGACCUACUCAUGUUACAAUCGCUGGUACCGUUGUUGAGAUCCCCGACUGUUCUGGCGAUAUCUCGCAGGUUAUCAUACAGACUGGCUAUGAUACCACCACUCUUACAAGCACCAUUGUACCCACCACAUUUACUGGUCCCUACACGACUAUUCCCGGCAGUUACGGAGGCUCUGAUACCAUUACCGUAACUCUUCCCCCCAAGGGCGGCGAUUCUACUGGAACCGUCAUUGUUCACACUCCCGAGUCCAGCGUGACUCCCAUUUCUCAGAUUGGCGACUGCACCACUACUGUUCCUGGAAAUGGAGGCUCUACCACAGUUCCUGGUAACGGCGGUUCUACUUCCUCCGUCCCUGGCUGGGGUGGUUCUACCAGCAGCGUUCCUGGUAACGGUGGCUCUACUUCUUCGGUUCCCGGAUGGGGUGGCUCAACCUCCAGCGUUCCCGGUAACGGUGGUUCGACCAGCUCUGUCUCUGGCUGGGGUAGCUCUUCGUCCACAACCCCUGGUGGCGGCUCUAGCAGCAGCACUGCAGCCAGCUCUAGCUCUACUCCUUGCACAACUUCCAGCACUGCCAGCUCGACUUCUACUCCCUGCACCACCUCUAGCACUGCCAGCUCUACCUCCAAGACCUCUAGCUCUUCUGUCGCCAGCUCUACUUCUACUCCUUGCACCACCUCCAAGAUCUCUAGCUCUUCGGUUGCCAGCUCUACUUCCACCUCUUGCACAAAGUCCAAGACUUCUUCUACAUCCACUCGUUGCACGUCUUCUUCUAAGACGACUUCCACGCCUUGCACUACCUCGCACAAGCCUACACCCACUCCUUGCACCAAGUGCGCUCACAAGACACAGCCUGCUCAGCCUCCCAAGGCUUGCGUGACCACAUUGCCCAAGGCUUGCCAGAAGCUCAACCAGCUCGAUGGUCUCGCUCUUGUUCCCGCUGCUCCCAUCUGCCUGCUCUCGCUUGGCCUCUACGGAGUUGGUAACGCUGCCGGCUGCUUGAGCCGUGAUUUGAUGUCGCUCAACUCUCGUGGUUCUCACAUGGUUGAUUGCUUGAUGGUCGCCAUGCGUGACUCUUGCAUUACCUCGCUCCCAAACGCUUGCUCUAAGCUUUCCCAGCACAACGGUAUGGCCCUUGUUCCCGAGAUGGCCAAGUGUGCUCUUGAGCUCGGCCCUCUAGCUGGGGGCGGCGCUGGCAACUGUCUCUCUCACUCCAACAUCUCGCCCAGCACCCGUGGUACUGGUCUCGUGGCGUGCUUGCAGAGCAACUUGCUUGGUGAUGGAUCUGCUGGCUUCUAA